CAUUUUAGUUCGUUCGGUUGGGUGUUGUCAUUAGAAAUUUGAGAUGAGUGAAUCGAGAAGACGAGAGAAUUGUGACUGUUUCAGGUGAUACCUCCGAGAGGGGCGAAUUCAGAAGUCGGAUAAAUAAUGCGAUUAUUUUAUAAGUGCUGAGUUUUCAUGUACUUUGGGGAAUUACAUACCUUAUUGGGGUUACAGCGUAGUCUUUCGUAGUGGUUUAAUCGGAGAUGCGUAAUCAGCGAUUCACGGUGAAGUUGCCAAAGAAAUCAUUUCAUCUCUUGAUAACAAUUCAGCGACGAGUCUUGUGAGAUAGGUGCGAGUGAACAGUGAUAAGGAGGACAGCGGGCCUUGUCAGUCGUCUGCGUCUUGUCGCCGCUGACGUUUUUCGGUGUUGUCAUUGUCAAAUGGUAUUAUUCAAUGAUACCAAUUCGAGGUGCAAUCCAGAUGCCAUUCAUCGUGCCAAACAAUUAUCAGAGAGUACUUGAGCCACUUCAAAGUGACAAGUGGUGACGUUCUAGUUUGAUUUCUCUCGGAUGAUAAGAAAGAUCUUAUAUGAUAGUUGGAAAAUUGUUAUAUUUAUUAUCAGCAAGAUGAUGGAGAUGAUUGGAAUUAUUUUGAGGGAUAGAUCUUGGAUAAGUGGAAGUGCAAGUGUCAAAUGCAAAAAUAGGAAUGGACGCUGUCAAUCUUUUGAUGACGACACCUGAGUACACGGAGAAACACUGGAUGUUUCAUGUUGGAUGGCGAUUUUUUUUUCGCAAAUAACAAGAGCAAACUGGACGCUUAGUGGCUGAUAAGUGACCGUCAGUGGUCAGGUGUUGGAAGAGCAUAUAAGACGCUACAUGCCAGCCCCAGAACAGUAUCAGUUUUGUCACGUUCCAGUAGUUAUAUUGCACAUGAUAGGCACAUUCGGAUAUUUGAAGCUAUUACUCUUUGUUAUUUUUUUUUCCUUUUUUUUCAUAACAAAGGAUAUAGGAGGAAUUGUCAGCAUUUUUGAGGAGAGAAAAAAACGGUGGAGAAGGAAGAGAGAUAAUUUAAUACCUGGGGCACAUUCAGAUUGGCUCUUGUGUCGUUGAUAUUCAGUUGAGACUCAUGGUCGAUGGGUAGAGUUCCUGGUGGUGCACCUGACCCAAUUUCUCAGCGAUUCGCAUUCGACGCGAUAAACUGCCUCUUGGAUCAAUAAGUCAUUAUCUCGGUCUUGCUGGAGAGCAUUGAGUUAUCUAGUAUCAAGGUUACUGAGACAUUUUACUUCGUACUUAUUUAAAGGUCAACAGUGUCGUUUAUUUUUGAGAUAACGUUUCAUGGGGAAUAAUAAUCAUUCUGGGGAAAUGAAUGGUGAUAUGAAGAGUAAAAUAAAUAAUGGCAAUUCGGCCGGUCCAGAGAGUGGUGAUGAUCAGAAAUUACUGCCGUCCAAGUGUCAAAUUCCGGUUGUCAUCAAAGUUGCCAAGAGCAAUUGCCAGAGUCCGAAUCCGUCGUUCAGGAGCAGGAGUAGAUAUCGAUCGGGCCCAGUGCGAAAAAUUCGUCGUCGAGCGGUCCUGAAGAAUGGUGAAUGCAAUGUCCUACAGUCCCGGAUAUCCCGCCGCUCCCUGCGUUUUCUCCAGGACAUAUUUACAACUCUGGUGGAUACCCAGUGGCGUUGGACACUCCUGUGCUUCACCCUGAGUUUUGUUUUGUCUUGGCUGGGUUUUGCUGUGAUCUGGUGGCUUAUUGCCUUUACCCAUGGUGACUUCGACGAGAGACAUCUCCCAGGGAUGCAGGAGUUGAAUCACUGGACCCCCUGCAUUCACAAUGUCCACUCAUUCACGAGCUGCUUCUUGUUCUCCAUCGAGACACAGCAUACCAUUGGAUACGGCAGUAGAGCAACAUCCGAGGAGUGUCCGGAGGCAAUAUUUGUCAUGUGCAUACAGAGUAUCGCUGGAGUGAUGAUCCAGGCAUUCAUGGUUGGCAUUGUAUUUGCAAAGAUGAGUCGUCCCAAGCAGCGCACACAGACACUCCUCUUCUCCAGAAAUGCUGUAAUAUGUCAGCGAGAUGGUGAACUGAGUCUAAUGUUUCGAGUCGCUGAUAUGAGAAAAUCGCACAUCAUUGGGGCAACUGUGCGGGCCCAAGUUAUUCGCACGAGAACAACUAAAGAGGGUGAAAUAAUGGCGCAGCAUCAGCAAGAGCUCGAUGUUGGUACUGAUGGGCACAAUGGCAGUAUCUUUUUUAUUUGGCCCAUGAUGAUUAUCCAUAAAAUCAAUUCGAAUUCACCGUUCUACAUUAUGUCAGCUGAGGAUAUGUUGACUGAGAGAUUUGAGGUGGUUGUCAUACUGGAGGGAACAAUCGAGUCGACUGGACAAACUACUCAAGCACGCUCGAGUUAUCUCCCCCAGGAGAUACUCUGGGGCCACAGAUUUGAACCGAUGGUCAGCUACUCCAAGGAGAGACAGGGAUACGAGGUGGAUCAUUCAUUGUUCAAUACAACCACUCAGGUGGAUACACCUUUGUGCUCGGGACGUGAACUAGCUGAGUUCUAUCGUGUGCAAGAUGAAUUGCGUCAUGGGAAUGGUUUUCCCAUGGACGAGGAUCUCUCGAUGGAGCCAUAUCACGAUAUUCAUCAUUAUUACCCUCAUUCCCAUCAUCAUCGACAUCCGGGGAUUAAUUCGAGCUCGAUGGUGAGGACUGAGAGCACUAAAAGUGAUAAUAGCCUGGAGGAGAAUAAUUUUAGUAGAGUAUUUCGUGAGAGUCAGCAACGUUUGCCAAGUCCACACUUAUUACCCCAAUCUCAUCGUGACUCGGGAUACAGAGUAGUUGAGGUGGAUCCAGAUGCCAUUCACGUGAUGGGGGACAUGGAGCUUCAUCAAUUACCCGAGGCAGUUAAUCGGGAAAUUCUGAAAAACAGCCGGGAAAUAGUGUAUGAGGAGGAGGGGAGGGAGGGGGAGAUGCGUGAGGAGAAUUUUGUGAGAUCAGUGAGUGGCAGAAGGGCUGUGCCGAGGUAUCCCCUGUUGGAUGAGGAGAGGAGAUCGCUGGGUGGCUCCAGGAGAAAUCUUAAUCACAAAAAUUAUCCUCAUCUCGAGGAUGAGAAGAGAUCGCUCAACGGAUCGAGGAGAAAUCUGAGUGCCUCGAGAAAAUACAUUUUAGUGCCUUUAGAGAGACCAGACUGCUGGAAUGGAAGUGCUAGGAAUUUGUACGUCGGUAGUCGUGAAAAUUUAAUUGGAUCACGAAGGAACACUGGCAGCCGGGAGCAUUUGAAUUUAAUGAGGAGGAAUAUAAAUGGUGUGACAAAUGGUAAAGGGAGUAGGGAAAUGUCGGAUGUGAGAGUAAAGCGUUAUCAUCCAGUAGCACAUAUUGAGGGAGAAAUGGAAAAACCCAAGAGAUUGGUAAAUCUGAGUGAUGCACCGUCAAGACAGUCCACAAUUACACCUUUGUCGGAAUCAAUAGUUUCACCCAAUGACAUUAUCGUUACAAUACCAUCUGAGUCUGUAUUAACGCCAGAAUCUGGUUUUGCUGAGAGCCCUCACUCUGGCUCGAGCCCCGAGUCUCUCAGGAAGGAACUACCACUUCCUGCUAAUUCGAUUAUUUCACGGAAUCGACGGAGUUACGAGAACGCACAGCUCCAGGAUGUCAAUCACACGAUGACGAGAAAUAGCAGCUCUGGCAGCGGCACUGACAGUGAUGACACUACCAAGGAUAUUGUGACAAUCUGUGGGAAAGAGAGUCAUAAAAGUCAUUGUAAACAAACUGUGUCGCAUACUAGUGUUUGACGUACGUUUUUAUGUAGGUUUAAUAGAUAUAAUUAUUCACUUUUAAAAAGUCAAAAAAAAAGUGUAAAAAAAAUCAAUAGAAAGACCAAUCGCUUGCAAA